AUGUCAUAUGCAGCGCAUAUAAGCCCACUUUGGUGUCCACUACACAGCAAAAAGACAUCUGAUUGGACAAUGAGGAAGAAGAGUUGCGUUCUUCGGCAGAGGAAAGCCAAGUUGAAGUUGCUCAUGCACGUCUUCCUUGUGUGUACGUUUCUCGCCGGCAGCAUCCAGGCACAAAGCCCACUCGCUACCACGUCAACCGUCUGGACCAGCGGGUCCAUCACCUCUGGAGAUGCAGUACAUCUCAUGGGCAUCAGGAGAGUCCGAAGGCUCUACUGUAAUGUGGGCAUCGGCUUCCACCUCCAACUUUUACCAAAUGGAAAGAUCUCAGGUGUGCAUGAAGACAGCAGUUACAGCCUUCUUGAAAUGUGGUCGUUGGAGAGAGGAGUGCUGACUCUCUUUGGGGUGAGAAGCGGUCUCUUUGUUGCCAUGACAGAGAACGGAAAACUCUACGGCUCGGGUCACUACAGUGAUGAGUGUAAGUUCAAGGAGAUCCUGCUGUCCAACAACUACAACGCCUAUGAAUCGGUAUCGCACCCCGGCAUGUUCAUUGGCCUCAGCAGGACUGGUAAAACCAAGCGAGGCAACCAGGUCACAACCACCAUGGCCAUGACACACUUCCUCCCUCGGAUGUGAUAUACAAACAUUUUGCUUUAUUUUCAGCACAAAAUCAAUUUGUUUGGAUUGAUAUUUGAUAUUUCACUGUUAAAAAAAUUGAUGGGCAGGGCAUACAUUCAGAUCACACAAAAUACACUCAUAUCAAUGUCAUACAAUACAGGAAUUAUUACAUCAAAGAUAAAACAAUAAUAUCAAAUUGCAGUGUACCCAAUGUCUAUAAAGGGCAGGGUACAUAAAAACCAAUGUACACCUGUUAUGAUCUUGUGGUGUUAGCAAGUUCAAUAAGUGUUUUUGUUCAAUAAAAAUACUCAAUUCAAAAUGAU